CUGAAAUCUCUAUUUUCAGGGGGAUUGAUUGGAUGGACAAUUGCAUUAAGCAGCAAAAAAAAAAAGGUGUACAGGAAAUUAAAUGUGAUGCCACUAAUGCAAAUAUGACUAUUUAACCAAGACGAAUGGAAGAACACUUAACAUACUGAUCAUACGCACAUAAACAAAUCAACACUUUAAGUUUCUUCCACACUAUUCACACCUUUUUCCCCUUACCUGCUAUAUUUUACUUCACAUUCCAUUUCAUGUUUCAUUUUUGCAUCUUAAAAAUUCAUAUUAUUCCCUAGUACACACCCACUCAAACAUACACACUCACAGAAGCCCCAAGAAAACAUGGCGGAAAACAUGAGCUCCAAGAUGGACAGUAGCUCUGUGUCCAACAUCUCCCUUCUGGGCCAGGGAGACUCUGUGUCCAACUCAGUGGAGUAUAAGACUGUGUCCGUGUUUCUGGUGGUUCUGGUAUGUGGUGUGGGAAUUGUUGGCAACAUCAUGGUGGUCCUGGUGGUCCUUACCACCCGACACAUGCGAACACCCACCAACUGCUACUUGGUGAGCCUUGCUGUGGCUGACCUGACAGUGCUGGUGGCGGCUGGGCUGCCCAACAUCUCCGAGAGCCUGAUGGCCAGCUGGGUGUAUGGGCAAGCUGGCUGUCUGGGCAUUACCUACCUCCAGUACCUGGGCAUCAACGUAUCCUCCUGCUCCAUCACAGCCUUCACAGUGGAGAGAUACAUAGCCAUCUGUCAUCCAAUGAAGGCUCAUACGGUGUGUACGGUCUCCAGGGCCAAGCGUAUCAUUGCAGGGGUGUGGGCUUUCACCUGUGUCUACUGCAUGCUUUGGCUCUUCCUGGUGGACAUCCAAGUGAACAGCGAUGGGCGCGUCCAGUGUGGCUAUCGUGUCUCCCGAGACCUCUACCUGCCCAUAUACCUAAUUGAUUUCACCAUUUUUUACGUCAUCCCACUGCUGCUAGCUAUUGUCCUGUACGGCCUCAUCGCACGAAUCCUCUACCUGAACCCACUGUCAGACCCACCGGAUUCAGGCACCAUCACAGCCCCCACCUUCAGGAAAAGCUGCAAAGAACCUGCAGAUUCAAGCAAAGGAGGUCGCCCAGGACGACCAAAAAGUGCACUCUCAUCUCGGAAGCAGGUCACCAAGAUGCUUGCUGUGGUGGUGGUUCUUUUUGCCCUCCUGUGGAUGCCCUACAGAACCCUGGUGCUAAUCAACUCCUUUGUCAGCACACCAUACUUGGACGCCUGGUUCUUGCUCUUCUGCAGGACGUGCAUCUAUGCCAACAGUGCUAUCAAUCCCGUAGUGUACAACCUAAUGUCUCAGAAGUUCCGCUCUGCGUUCCGCGGACUGUACAAGUGCCAGCAGCCAGCCAGUCACCAGCGCAGUCUGUCCUCACUCCAGACCAGUUACACUCUAGCUAGAGACCCUCGAAGCACUCACGUCAGCAAUGGCACCAAGGAAACUGACAAGAGAAUCAGCUGUCGUACCACCAACCAGGAACCAUGGAUGGAAAGUCCCCUAGGUGAAAAGAAAAGUGCUACAGAGAAUACUGGUAUUGACAAUAAUGGCAUGGAUCAGCUACAAGAAAAGACAGAUGAAAUCGACACAAUCAAGGAUCGAGGUGAUAUUGCAAACCUUGCCACAGAAGCUGAAAGAAAAGGAAUUAAAAAAGAAGAUAAUGGUCUUGGCUUGGAGAAAAAGAUCAAUAGCCAAUGCUCUGAUAUUAGAAAAGAUAGGGAAAAUUGGAAUAAUGUUACCAAUCACACAACUCCAGACAUUACUCAUCCAAAUGCAGAGAAGGCUGUGCUAGCCCCUGAUGAGAUGAAACCUACACUGAGCCAUGUUGAGCAAAAUGCUAAGGAAUUGAUCCACAGCACAUUGUAAUCCCCCCUAAUGUUUCAUUCUUUAAAAUUUUCAAAGGAAAUCAUGUAUGGGUUGGUGUUGUAAAGUUUAUUGCCCUGAUUUGAAAAAAAAAUUGAUUGUUGUUAAAAGGAGAGCAAAAAAAAAAUCAUCUCAAGAUGAAUGUCGAUUUUCAGACAGGCUCCAAAAAAGCUGUAUGUCUUUGCACCUGCUGAUGAGACAGUCUGCUAUGGAUUGCAAAGACUUGGACACUCUUUCUGCAUCAAUCUUGUUGGACAGAGGACUCACCAGCAACACUUUCCCCCUGUCUGCAUUGGCUUUGAAAGUUUUGAAGUUUUGGCGUGUUCUCUUCAUCCAUGUAACAUUAAAACAUCUUGCCCACUCUUCCUGUAAGGAGCAGGAGAAAAUAAUGAAUCCAACUAAGUGAGUACAGUACAUAACCUACUUCUGAAAGAUCAGAGAGGAUAGCAAAAGCAACUGUUACAGCGCUUUUAUCUGAUAACAUGGCCCAGAGCACUGGGUCAGCACUAACAUAUCCAUGUUAUCUGUUCAUCUAACAAGAGGCAUUUAGAGGCUGGUACUGUGCCAGUGAAAGAGCAGAGCAUGGCCAGGGGAACUGACUUGUAAUGCAUCAACAUUUGUUCCACAUAAAAGCCUGUACUUUAGGAAGAGUCAUGUUUUACAACUGUUUCAUCUGCCAUCAUGUCCAGAGGCAUGACUUAGUCCUCUGGGUGGCUUUUCAGGAAUGGAUGUAGAUUAGCUCAGAAAGAGGGAGAGUCAAUUUACAGAUUCAUCUAUUUAUCCAUUUAUGUAUAGCGAGGACAUAGGACAACUGAUGCUUUCUGCUAAAACAAAUGAAGAGUUAUAUCCUUUGUGUGUCCGUUAACAAAAUGAGUCUUAUACUAAUGUGUGCUGAUACUGAAACGAUUUGAAAGCACUUUUUUGUGUACCCAGUGUCACAAUAUUUAUUUUUAUGUUUCAUAUUUAUGUAGAAGGCAGUCAUAAAUACGAUUUUCACUUAUAAAUGCUAAUUUUCUGAUGCUAUAAUGACUUAAGCAGCAUCAUGCUUAAUGUGCGGUUUAAGUUGUUCUUUUACAAAAACAACCUGUUCCCUAAUGUAAUUGCUUUAUGGCGAAACCUGUAGUUUAUGCCUCUCCUGUGCUGUUUUCUUACAAGAAAAGAUUAUGAUAAAGCUCUUGCAAUUGUUUGUGGCUGGUUUUGUGGCUUAUUAUACUAAUUUUAGCUGUGCCACACUUAGAGCUGUGCCUGGAAGUCGGAAUUUUCAUUUAUCUCAUCAGGCAUCUUGUUAAAAGAGGCACCACCAUUCUGCUCGUCGCCGUUUUAGUGCUUGAGCUAUUAUUUCUGUACUGUCACAUUUCAUUUGAUAAGCAGGGAAUGAAGCCAGUACCAGUGUAAAGAGGCUCAAUUCAGAGUGCUAAAGUGGAAUGUGUGUUAUGCUGAUGUUUUCGCCACACAUGGCUGUUUUUCUGAUUUUAAUUGCAUUGUUGACAGGGAUGGAAAAACAAAUUGUUUUCUUUUAAGGCUUGAGAAAAUGCAUGGCUUUGCUGAGGAACCGUAUAAAAUAACGUGAAUUUUUGUUGUGACCUCAGAAAACCCACGAGGGAAGAUAUAACGCCUUUGGUGUGCUGCUUGUAAUAGCUUUUUUAAUCCAUUUGAUAAUUGCUCAGUUCUUAAUGUUAACCUACUGGAAUCAGAGCUUGAUGUAUGUGUGAGUUCCGUG